CCUUAACCAACGAAAAAAGUCGGUCUCAUUUACAUGGAAUCGCCCGCAUGUCAACGUGAACAUUCUGCUAUUUUUACGAGUAUAGAGGGGAUGUUGGGCAUCGGUUAUGGCCGCACUUGGAAGCUCUGAACUACGACUAGUACAAACUGGUCAAACUACAUUCACAAUGAAAUCGAAUAAGAAAAUCUGUAUUGCGGAUUUGGAAUAUCUGAGAAAGUAGCAAUUUCGGUUUUGUUCGGUCCGUAUCAAUGGUCAAAAUUCUUGCGUGGACCAUCCCCCUCUCCAUUUUUUUGAAAUCGUCACAUCUGGGUGGAAUGUAAGUAUCUAGUUGACGGAAAAAAGCACAAAGCGCUGAUCGUUGUACGACUUAAUACCGUUUUGCUAUUCACACGCACCAACAGCCACGGAGCCCUUGCACUGCUGUACCGAAAAAGAUGGACGUUGUGGGACCUAGACUCUCUUCGUCGUCCUUGCGGGGCUCAUUCGUGGUUGCCUGCUGAUAGCGCCCCCGCCACCUCCAGUGGCUGCGAUAUGGCCUCCCGGAUCGGAUGAAGUGUCUGUGAAGAGGUUUUGAGGCACCGUGUGCGAAAGAUACGAAGUGUUUUAUGAUCGAAGAGGAGUACCUCUGCGGCAGGCCACACGGAGCGGAAGUACCUCAACCGCUGCCCAAGCGCCUCCAGCAGCAUGAAGACCAUGUAGAACUACCCGUAGCACACGAUAGUUUCGAGCCACCUGAGGUGAACAAAAACCACGCGCGGCGCCGCUGUGUGACGAAAUGCAGGGCGAGCGUGGACGGCGGACGUGGGCGGAUGUCCAAGGACGGCUACCUUACCGCGCGGGCCACUGAAAUGCGACCUAGACCUUUCCUGCUGUGAUGGAAGAAGGGAAAAUUUUGUCAUACCAGUCGAACUCCUUUCACUGGUCUUGCGGCACUGUGCCCUUGCGUAUUAGAAUGCACUCACGGUUGCGUUGAUGCUGGUAGCAAAUUGCUGUACCAACCUUGACACCGAAAUAUGAGUAUCAGACGCCGCCGCGGCAACGCAGGAAGGCAAGAGGAAACAUGAGAAAAACAGAACGUGCGCUCUUCGUGCCCGUUUGUUUCGAAAGAAGAUUUUAUCGAUUCUCGCUUUACGUUCGCC